GGGAAGAUGAAGCCAGGGAACCAGUAGUAGAUGAAGGAUCCGAGUGUGACAAGCAGGAAGUAUUUCAUGCGCGACAUGCGUCCAUGGUCCUCUGCACGAUCGACAACGUGAUGUAACGAGCGGAAGAGCGAGGCCGUGACCAAGGUCGAGGGCCAGAUCAUAUGUGCGGGGCGAAUGAGGACCUUGCGAAGGGCACCAGCAAGGGCAAAACCGGUGACCUGGGUUGUGAGAACCAAGAGAAGACCGGCGAUGAAGGGCUUCUCGGCGUUGUAGAACACCUUCUGCAAGAUAACAAUGUCGACGGCAUAAGCGGUACUGGUGUUGCAGGCAGUCAUGGUUCCAAUGAGGACAUGUUCCUUGAUCGAGAAGGGACCAGGAUUGAGAGAGAAUUUCCAGCCAAAGAGGCUGAACUCACCCAUAGGCAGGACACUGGCCAUGAAGUGGCCCAGUGGGAGGGAAAUCAGGGCAACGACAGAAUAACCAAUAGAGAUCUGGGUCUGACGGAGAUAAAAGAACUGGUUGACGAAGGAGACGGCGGCCGUGAAGAGAAGACCAAGGAACCACAUGCGGAAGGUGUUACAUGGUAUCAAUGGGUCAUCCGUGUCUGUAUAACAUUUUGUAGAAGGGAGGUGUUAUGUUAGAUGGUGUGGAAUGUGCAGAUAUUGAUGGAUGUGAAAAGUGAACAUGGCUGGGGAAACAGGCAUUAUGAUAUGAACGUCGCCAGAAAACAGACAGAGUAGAAGAGGGAGGAUGGGCUGCGAUAGCUGUGGAUGACAGGAAUAUGGGGAUAGGAGGUGGAGGACUAGAGUGGUACUUACUGGGGACGGUAACACGGACUUCC